AGCCGUAGUCGCUAACGGGGCGCCGCCAUUUUAACUUCCUGCAUCAAAAGAAAGCGAGCCAGUCGCACAGCAUUUGUAUUCGAAACGUUUUCUUAGUUAGCGUAACAAAAGGGGUCUGUCUUGUUUUGUUUUUUUCAGGGAGCAAACCUACUACCUCUGUAUAGUUUCUGACAGCUUGUGUCGGUUAGUUUCAGCCGGAGAGACGCAAUGCCGAGCCACCCGCUGCGUGUAGCGGUUGUGUGCUCGAGCAACCAGAACCGCAGUAUGGAAGCGCACAGUAUCCUCAGCAAACGUGGAUUUGAUGUGCGUUCAUUUGGGACAGGGUCUCAUGUGAAGCUACCCGGUCCUGCCCCGGAUAAGCCAAAUGUGUAUGACUUCAAAACGACAUAUGUACAGAUGUACAACGACUUGGUCCGCAAGGACAAGGAACUAUACACACAGAAUGGCAUCCUGCACAUGCUGGACCGCAACAAGCGCAUCAAAUCAAAGCCAGAGCGCUUUCAAAGCUGCAAGGAGAAGUUUGACCUGGUCAUCACAUGUGAAGAGAGAGUCUAUGACCAAGUGCUGGAGGAUCUGAAUUCAAGAGAGCAGGAGACUCUACAGCCUGUGCAUGUUAUCAAUGUAGACAUUCAGGAUAACCAUGAGGAAGCCACGCUGGGCGCCUUCCUCAUCUGUGAGCUGUGUCAAUGUAUCCAGCACACUGAGGACAUGGAGGAUGAAAUGGAUGAGCUCAUACAAGAGUUUGAGGAGAAGAGCAACAGGCCUUUUCUUCACACUGUCUGUUUCUACUGAUACACAAUAGAAAUUUGCAAUAAACGCAGACCCGGAUCACAAGCAAUCAAACAAUAUGGACACACACACACACACACACACACACACACACACACACACUUCUUACUCCUCAGUCAUCUACAACACUCUUUAUAUACAGUCUAUGCCACAACACAAUACAUGCACAUUGUGUUCCUACACACACGUACACACACACACACCUUUGGGUCAGGACCUAAAAAAUGGCUGCUGGUGAUGAUGGGUCUUUCCUCUAUGCAGAGGAUGGACUCGCUGCUCUCGCUCUGCCUUUAUUUCUCCGGAUCAAGGUCAGGCCAAGGAGGUCCUCCCUCAAUCCCAGUCCAGUAAAAUUGCUCGACCAUGUCUCCUCAGGGAGAGCCAUUAACACCCACACCCUUGAUUCAACAACUCCUUUACCAGUCCCUUUUGAUUUUGUUCAGUACAGCAUAUUAAUGCUGUUUUUUUGUUUUUGGCAAAUUAUAUAUAAUUGUAAUUCAUUUAAGUCAGAUUUUUAUUGCUGACCUGGGGCAGUGUAAUUCUUUAUCUCGGGGUCAGACAGGAAGGGGAGAAUGAACUGAACUGAAUGCAUGUGUAUGUGCGACCAUGUGUUGUAGAUUAGUUUGGAUUAAGUUUAAGUGGGUGGGCUAAUAAUGAAUAACCAAACCUAGACCUCUCUAAGGCUCUCCUCCAGUGUGUUUCCAAUAUAAUGUGUUGAUUCAUAUUUAAACUUGGAUAUGCUGUUUUUCAGGGCGUAGUAUUUUUUUUUUCUUUUGUAAAUGUCAAAGAAUUGAAGCAUUGUAAUUAUUUGCAAACUGCGAGCUCAGCUCAGAGUGCCUGAUUUUUCUGUAUGUACAUAUGAAUCCUCUAAAGAAAGAAACCUCUCUAAAAACA